GGAACGUCAACACAUAGCAUUGUUUGGGAAUAGCGCCGGCACUUUGCGUCCCCAGGGGUACCUCGCAAGGCGCCAUUGGUGGAAUUUGAGGAGCGUCUUACAUGGUGUUGUAGGGCUAGUGAUGCUAGCGCAGAUCGCUUCACCGUGUUAGUCGCGGCGGCCAUGCAUAAGAAGGACCGCAAACCACCCAUUGUUGUCCAUUCUGUUGCCUUUGUUUAUCAGUCUUUUACUAAACACCGAAUUCCUCAUACGAUCAAAAUGAAGUCCUUCUACACCGCCGCCGUUACUGUCCUGGCCUCCACUCAGACCGUUCUGGCCAACAACCCCAUCCAGGAGUCCGACUUCACCAAUAACAAUGGUCUUGCUGCUGCCCAGGCUGCCGCCCCCAUGUGGUACAUGCCUUCUGGUACUUGCAUGCCUUCUGCUGCUGAAGACGGCAACGGUAAGCAGACUGACGGUGUUGAUCCCGAUAACUGCAACAUCGACAAGCUGAGCCACGGAUGCCCCGAGCAGCCCAAGUACCAGGGCGACAACACGUUCUACGGCAACGUUGCUGGCGAGCCCUUUGGCACUAUUCCCACAUACUGGGCUUCCAAGAAGUGCGGUGACACCUGGAAGAUCAUCUACUACGUCUACUUCAAGAAGGAUACCGGCCACAAGAGCGACUGGGAGGGCGUUGUCAUCAACUUCAAGAACGGCACCAACGGCUGGACUCGCGACAGCGUCAAGUUUGAGCAGGACGGCAAGCAUCCCCAGACAAACUGGGGUGACAUUAACGAUACUUUUGACGGCAACGACGAUUACCAGAAGUUCCAACAAAAGAAUAAAGAUCAUCCCAAGAUCUACUUCGGUAAGUGGCAUCACUCAGCUCACUCAGAAUGGCAUACAAAUACUUUCAAAAACACGUGCCCUCCUACGUCUGGUGAUGACUUCCGAAAUGCGGAUUAUCAAUUCUGGGCUAGAAACAACCUUCGUCACACUUCUGUCCUCGAUCCUAACUGGAAGUGGGGCAAGGCUACUUCUCCUGCCAACAUUGACAUUUGCAGCUUCUAA